UGGUCAGCAGUCCCCGACUGGACGCCAUCUUGGAUUUUGUGUCCACAGCCAAGUACUGAGUUGUCUGUUGUUGGCAUUGAAAUGGCUUCGGGGGUAAGAGACAUUUCUCUUGGGGACUUGGAAACAGAAGAAGUAGAGCUUACCUCUUCGGUCCUGAUGGGUGCUGCGCAUCAUCUGGGACAGUAUUGUGAUAAAGAAUUCAAAACGUUUAUGGGCUGUCGGUACGAGACUAAAGAUCCGCGAAAGUGCAUCGAAGAAGGAAAGGAGGUCACUAGAUGCGCGUUACGAUUCUUCAAACAGCUCAAGUCUGAGUGUAACGAUACUUUUACCAAGCACUGGAACUGUUUAGAUCACAACAACCAAGAGUUUGGCUACUGUAGGAAGACCCAGAAGCAGUACGAUGCAUGUGUGUUGGACAAACUUGGGUUACAGAGUCAGCAACCUGUUCACAUCACCAUGAAGGAGUAGAGAAAACAGUAUUGUAAAAACUGAAACGAGUUAUUCUUGAUAAGUUUCUGAUUAGAGACUGAUGGUACUUGAACUUGUGAGUGUUUUGGAAGCGUUUCUUUACCAAGUCGUGUACAGAGUGUAAAGACAAAGGGCAAAGUUUCAAUUAAAUCAAGAUCUUUAAUCCUUUUAAGAUUGAUAAUUGAUUAAAUAUAAUCACUUGAACAUA